UAAAUGGGAUGGGGUAAACUUUAGGUUUCUGUUUGGGUGUGUCGUGAACGCGUUUCCCAUGGCCGCUUGGGGUCUCACUCCAGAGUAAGACAGAAGUCAUUAGUGAUGUAGCAUCUACAUGGAUCUUCCGGGAUCUACAUUAGACUGACCAUAUCCUGCUGUUCGGCCACCCUCCAUCAAAAAUUAAUUUUGGACGCAUUACGACGCGCUUUUACGAAUUCGGCCCAGCGCGUCCCGCGGCAACCUUGACUUUCGGUGCAUGAGAGUUUAAGGUUUUCAGCCAGUGAGCAGGCUUCGGAGCAUCAGUAUUUGCAGCAUGGCUUCGGAUCAAGAAAAGAACAGACAGCAUCUCAAACAGCUUUUGAGGAAAUCUGGGAAUGGAAACUGUGCCGACUGCGGAGCUGCAGACCCAGAGUGGGCAUCCUAUACCCUGGGCGUGUUUGUGUGCCACAGUUGCUCAGGCCUCCACAGAAACAUUGCUCAGAUCAGCAAAGUGAAGUCUGUCCUGCUGGAUCCCUGGAGCUCCACUGAGGUGGAGUUUAUGGACUCUGUGGGUAACAACGCUGCCAAGGCCAAAUAUGAACAGAUAGUUCCUGCUUUCUAUUACUGUCCCACAUACAAAGACUGCAUGAUCCUGCGGGAACAGUGGAUUCGAGCCAAGUACGAGAGGAAGGAGUUUUUGUGUGUGGAGAGGCAGGAGCCCUACUCAGCAGGCUACAGGGAGGGGUUUUUGUGGAAACGAGGUAGAGACAACAGACAGUACCUCAGUCGAAAAUUUAUUCUGUCUGAGCGUGAGGGUGUUCUAAAGUACUUCAACAAGCAUGAUGCCAGAGAGCCCAAAGCAGUAAUGAAGAUCAGUACUGUGAAUGCCACUUUCCAGCCAACUAAAAUUGGCACUGCCCAUGGCCUGCAGAUAACCUAUCUGAAGGACAACAGCACUAGGAAUAUCUUUGUUUACCAUGAGGAUGGCAAGGAAAUUGUGGACUGGUUCAAUGCCAUCAGAGCAGCCCGACUUCACUACCUGCAGGUGGCUUUUCCUGGGGCGCCCAACUCUGAUUUGUUGCCAAAGCUAACCAGGAACUACAAAAAGGAGGGUUACAUGGAGAAAACCGGUCCAAAGCACACAGAGGGCUUCAAGAAGAGAUGGUUUACGAUGGAUGACAGGAGGCUCAUGUACUUCAAAGAGCCACUGGAGGCCUAUGCACGAGGCGAGGUGUUCAUUGGGUGUAAGGAGAACGACUACACAGUGCUUCCCAGCCUCCCUCCCAACAUUCAGGGUUACCACUGGCAGUUUGGAAUCACCAUCGUGACCCCAGACAGGAAGUUCCUGUUUGCAUGUGAGACUGAAGAGGAUCAGAAAGAUUGGAUUGCUGCAUUUCAAAGUGUUAUCAACAGACCAAUGCUGCCUCACGAGUAUGCAGUGGAAGCCUAUUUUAAGCACAAGCCAUGACUGUCUUGGUGUCUGAAGAACUACUGAUGCAGCCUGAGGAGCAUGGAAGGAGAAAAGGGUCAUUAUUGGACAUCUCAUAAUAGAAGCCCUGGUAAAAAGUGAAGGGUGACAGAGAAAAGGACCAAAAGGUGAGACAGCUUCCACUGCAUUAUUCACACAUUUACUACUUGUAAGCUACUUGCCAGCCCGCUCAACAUCACUUACACUGUGUGCCAGAAUCAUUUCGUGGGGAGUCGGAAUCACUCCUAAGCUCACGAAAGUUAGCCUAACUCACUCAUCUGUUAUGUGAUGUCACUUACAUACUUGAAAGAGAUCAAUCAGUCUGGUGUGAAUGUGCAAAAGUUGUGUAUAGAUGGAUGACAAAUGAAAGGAAAACCUACAUAGAAGGUCUCAGUAAAGCGUUGGGUCAUGAUAUGCCACCAGAACAGCCUCAUUGCGCCUUGGCAAUGAUUCUAUAAGUCUCUGAACUUAUCUGGAGUGAUGAACAUCAUUCUUCCAUAAGAUAUUUCCUUAUUUGUUUUUUUUGAUGAUGGUGCUGGAAAGCGCCGUCUGACAUGUUGGUCUAAAUUCUCCCAUAGGUGUUCAGUUGGGUUGAGAUCUACGGAAGUGCAUUGCAUUCACCAAAGAGAAAAAAAAACUGGAGGAUCUUAUUUCAUAAUUAUGACUUACUAUCUUAUUACAAGAUCCUGAUCUCAUAAUUAUGAGAUAAUGCAUAUUCAUUACUUUCCUGAAUAUCAUCAGGUUUUAACAUUAUUUAGUAUCAGUGAAAUACUAUUAAUAGCUAAUUUGGUGUACUUGGUGUUUCAAAACGUAAACAAAUAUAGCCUAGCCUAAAAAUGACACCAACAUUGUAACACAUGGCGACAUUAUGUAGCCUAUAGCCUACAUGUGUCCUGUGUCAAAGUUUACAUCAGUUUGCAUUUGAUGACUAUUAACAUACUGUUUAAUGCUUUGUCAUAGUUACGAGAUCAGGAUCCUGUAUAUAAUAGAGUAGGUUAGGGUUGCUACUUAAGAAGACAGAGGCUACUUGAUUUAAUUGUCUACAUCCUAGAUCCUAUAGGCUGUUAGGCUAUCUAUUGUAUAUAAUGAAUAUGAGUUUAAAAUCAGUGUUUCAGAUUAUUGGCACAGUAUUUUGGAACGUGCCGUCCCUGGUAGGCUAGUGGUUAAGGUGCAGCGCUCUUGCCGCUGCGGCCUGGGUUCAAGUCAGGGUAGCGU